AGACGCGCGCUACUUGAUUCAGGAAGUACACAUUUUCAUGUCGUGUCGUAUUUUCCUUUCUGUUAGCGAGAAAAGUCUUCAGAAAUCCUCAAACUGACAGCUUUUUAGGUGAAUUAGGAGCACAAUUCAGCCGGAAAUGUCUGCUGCUCCAGAGUCUACAAACGUUUCAUCGCUUGGGAAGGGAGACAGUUUGCAUCAACAGGUUCUCGCCUCCUUCCCACUGUGUGACAUGACAGAGGAGGACCUGACCCAGAACCCUCAGUUCUGUAAACUCCUGGCCACCCUGGCACAACAUGUGGACCAAACUGGACUCACUGUCCCACUGAAAACAGAGCUGGACAAGGCUGAGCAGAGGCUGCAGGGCCAGAGGCGUCUCUGGCUGCGAUCUGAGAGCCUCCACAAAGGGCUGCAAGAGAUGAUCCAGGACCACUGUGUCAGGAAGCAACAUACCACCGUACCCCCUGACCAGAACAUGUUCUAUGCGACGAUGGAGAAGUGUCUCUUGGUGGCUCAGUGUGUCAGACAGCUGGAUCCCAGUAGCACUAUCAACCAGGACCAGCCCUCUGUUCUGGGCCUGAACCCCCAACAGGUGAUGGAGCUCAUGCCAUUAGAGAAGAAUGUGAAAAGAAUGAAACAGAGUCUACCCAGAGAGCUGGAGAAACAUCUAAAGAAAAAGUGUCUGAGCCUCCUCUCCUACUGCCAACCUGAAUGUGAGAAUGAGAGUGAGGGUCUGAAGAACAGCAAGUUGUCUCAUCUGUCUGCCCAACUGGACAAAGAGAAGAAAAGAGCGGAGAGUUUAAAGGAGAUCUGCCAGGAAAACACAGUCCUGCUGCAAAGACAGGUGCAGCUCUACCUCUCUGAGCUGACUAAAUGUAUUCAGCUUCUGCAGUCUCUCAUCUUGGACCACAGACUGAGGAUCCAGGCAGACUUGGACAGGAAGAAGUUGGACUACUUUGAAGGCAAAUGUGAAUUACUCAUACAGAAGAUCAAGACUGAGAUGGUGGAAAUCCAGCUGGACACGUACACAGCCGACUCAAUAUCUGCUCAUAGAAAAAUAAGGGGGAAGCUGGAGUCUGAGCUAAAGGACUGUCAGGUGGAGAAGCAGUCUAUGGAGUUAAAACUAGCCUCCUUUGAGAUCUUGGGAAAGGAAUUUGAGGCCCUUGCCGAGGAGUACUGCAAAAUAAGACAGGAGAUAGAAGUGAAAAACUGGGCUCUGAAGGAACUCACCAAGUACAAUAACAAGUGAAGAUCAUAUCUGAUGCAGAGGCCAGCUGUUCCCUUUUCAGUGUGUCAUGGCUCACAAUGACAUGCUGGUAUUUGGACAGUAACUAUGUAGCACGUACAGCUGGGAGUAGGCUAACAGAAUGCUCCUCUUGAGAGCUCAUAACUUAAAAUGUUUAAAUUACUUCAAUAAAUUCAGUUUUCUCAAAGCUGUCAAGCCUCUUCAGUGCAUCACCAUGGUAAUCAGCAUUUCUGCUCUACUUGUUUUGUUUAAACAAGAACCUGUUUGUGUAGUUUUUACAGUAGUUGCUUAAAUCUACAACUUAAGACGAGGAGUGGUGCUCCGCUUGAACUAUCUUGCAUGCAACUACAUGGUCAAUUUGAAUUGCUUUCUAGGUAAGAUUAAAGAGGUGAGAAUCGUUAUAUUCAUACUGACAUUGCAAAGUUCCUCUGCCUUGAUUAAAGUUUGCUUUUUUUGUUGGCUGUUAAUCUAACUUCACUGUAAUGAAAGUGUCACAGUAUAUUUAUGUAAACAUGUAAUUGUUAUUUAACACCUUACCUCACCUUUAUAUAUUGCAAUGUAACCAUGGGAGAAAAUAAAAAUAAUAAUGCAUGCAAUAAUGCAUCAGCUGCA